CAGCCAGGGUCUCCCGGUUGGAGGACCAACGGAGCUCCGCGCUCUCUGGGACACAGACCGGCCGGAAGGCUCGUUCCCCUCUUGGCAGAGGAAACCGUCGUUGUUGACGCUUCGCAGGCGACAAUGGCGACCGAAGUGAGGCAGGAGCUUGCACAGCUGAUGAAUUCAAGUGGCUCUCAUAAAGAUCUCGCUGCGAAGUAUCGACAAAUUUUGGAGAAGGCCAUACACUUUACAGAUGCAGAUCAGCUGGAAUCCUUGAAGGCUUUUGUUGAAGCAAUGGUAAAUGAAAAUGUCAGCCUUGUAAUCUCAAGACAACUGCUGACUGAUUUCUGCACACAUCUGCCCAACCUGCCUGAUGCCACAGCUAAAGCAGUGUAUCACUUCACCUUGGAAAAGAUUCAGCCGAGGGUCAUCUCCUUUGAGGAGCAGGUAGCUUCCAUAAGACAGCACUUAGCAACCAUUUAUGAGAAAGAGGGAGACUGGAGGAAUGCCGCCCAGGUUUUAGUUGGUAUUCCCCUGGAAACAGGACAGAAGCAAUACAAUGUUGACUAUAAGUUGGAUACAUACCUGAAAAUUGCCCGUCUCUACUUAGAGGAUGAUGAUCCAGUGCAGGCAGAGGCCUACAUCAACAGAGCCUCAUUGCUCCAGAAUGAGUCCUCUAAUGAACAGCUACAGAUUCACUAUAAGGUGUGCUAUGCAAGAGUCCUAGACUUCAGGAGGAAGUUCAUUGAAGCUGCACAGAGAUACAACGAGCUGUCUUAUAAGUCUAUUGUACAUGAGACUGAGCGACUGGAAGCACUGAAACAUGCCCUUAACUGUACCAUACUGGCCUCUGCAGGCCAGCAGCGUUCCCGCAUGUUGGCCACCCUCUUUAAGGAUGAGCGCUGUCAGCAGCUGGCUGCCUACGGCAUUCUGGAGAAAAUGUAUCUGGACCGGAUCAUCAGAGGGAACCAGCUGCAGGAGUUUGCGGCCAUGCUGAUGCCUCACCAGAAGGCCACCACAGCGGAUGGCUCCAGCAUCCUUGACAGAGCUGUGAUUGAACACAACCUCCUGUCUGCGAGUAAACUCUACAACAACAUCACUUUUGAAGAACUAGGAGCACUGUUGGAAAUCCCUCCAGCAAAGGCUGAGAAGAUUGCAUCCCAGAUGAUCACUGAAGGACGCAUGAAUGGCUUCAUUGACCAAAUAGAUGGAAUUGUACACUUUGAGACUCGUGAACCCCUUCCUACCUGGGACAAACAGAUCCAGUCUCUGUGUUUCCAAGUCAACAACCUCCUAGAAAAGAUCCGUCAGGCUGCUCCAGAGUGGGCCGCUCAAGCUAUGGAAACCCAGAUGACCCAGUAAACAUCCCCACCCAAAAAAAAAAAAAAAAAAAAUCCCCUAAAUGGCUCCCUCAGCAAGUUUUGUCUUCCUGUUCAACAACAUCACCACUUGAGUCACGGUAAUGGAAGCACCCACUUAGAACCCUCUGGUAUCACCAUCACUCAUUUGAGAUGUUUCUCUUUUUGGUAAAUUCUCAGUGAGCACUGUUUUAUUACUUUGGGCCAUGGGAAUAACAAUUCAACAUUUCUCAAUAUUUCAGAUCUGUCUGGCAUAGAUGUAAUCACAGGAGAGGUAUUGUGUAACCUCUGGGUGUGACCUUGGUUAUGAUUCUUCAGAUAGUUGUCUUGUCAUGUCAUUGGGUCAAAAAGAAGUGAAAAGAUGCGAACAAUCGGUCUAUUUAAGCUUUUGCGUUCAAACACAUUCUCGUGUUUUUAACUUAACAAACUUUACAAAUGAAACAGCAAUAUCUGUCAAGUAGCUCUUGAUUUGUUGUGUCUUGCACAUCUCCUGGUCCACCCUAAUGUAAUUUCAGCAAAGAGAAAUAAAUUCAAAGCCGAGAGAAA